UGUUGUCCGGCAAAAGCCACUCUUACAACAAAGCAUCUGGAUUUAACACUUCUUCGUUGUUUGCUGAUUAAUUUUGCCUCGAUUUUUCCUCCGAAUAGCAACAUUCGACAUGCAGUUGAUGACCUUAUUGGACAUCGGAAUAAAUUGUAUGGACAUGCGCAAGAAGCCAAAUGUUCAGAUACUGACUAUAUACUUUACAAAAGUCAAAUUGAAGCUACCAUUCUUACAAUUGAAAAAUCGUGCAAUAAAGAAAGUCAAAUGAAACAGAAACUCAGAGAUGCUGAAGUGAGGACAAUGGAUGAAACAAUAUGUCAACAAUAUCAAAAUUCUUUAUUAUAUGAUAUUCAGCGGAACGAAUAUAUUACGAAAGAAAUUAGUACGCUACGAGAACAAUCAAGACAAAACAUUGAUCAAAUAGUUCAGCAAAUUUCGGAAACAAAAACUACAAUCACCACCAAUAUUUCGUCUCACAGUAAAACAACUAUGGAACAACUGGAAGGCUUGCAGUUGGAUUUUGCUAAUAGGGAUGACAAUUUAAAUGAAAAGAUACAAAGUAAUGAGGUAAAACUCGACGAAGUGCAGAAGCAAAACAAAGUAGUAAUAGGGACGAUAGAAAAAGAGAGGGACAUCCAACAAAAGAACCAUGCUGAAAAAAUUGGACAUUUAUUUCAGACUGAGCGCAAUAUUCUGUCAAAAACAAAAGAAACAACGGCAGAUAUUAUUAAACAUGUAAAACAGACAGGACAAGAUAUAAAGGAUAAAGUUGACAACCUUAGAGCAGAUAUUAUAAACACUUCUGCCAUUGAGGCGGCAAAAUCAAUAAAGCAAGGUACUAAGUUAGAGUGA